AGGAAACAGUUGCAGUUUGAACGUCGAUCGUGUCGCAUGUGUGGUUCUCGCUCUUGGAUCGUGCCCCUCGUUUCGCUUUCGUUACGUUUUCUUUUGGGGGGACAUCACAGAAGUGCUCUUAUUCUGAACUCAAAUAAAUCUUGUGCGUGAUCCAAAAAUAAAAACCCGGUAAAAAGGGGGACAAAAACAACAGAGCGUGCCAAGAAGAUUCCCCCUGAAGUCAAAAUCGAAAAGUGAAAAUGUUUUCGGUACAAAAAAGUUAAUCAAACUUAAUGAAAAAUCUAGGGAAACGCUUUUCAAUCAACGAUAAAGCCGAGUGACAAAGAAAAAUAUCUGCGAAUGUGUUUGGAUGCGAAAGUAUCCGUCAAAAGCUAUCUGCCAAUUUGUUAUUUUGUAGCAGAUCAAAGAUUCAAAUAUCCGUGUGGGGGCCAUAAAGCAAAUCAAGUGGAAAUUUAUUUGUUAAAGGCACAGAAAAGCGUGUGGAAAAGACAGAAAUAAAAUGCGUGUGGCAAAAAGGAAAGAGGAAACUUUUUGUAGCCAAAUGAAAUGAAAGGUACAAAAGAGAAAGUUGCAAGGAGAAAGCGAGUGGACAAAGAAAUCCGAAUGCUAAACAUUUCAAGUAAAUAAACUGAGAAGUAAAACUACUACUAUGAAUAAGACUCAGAAAAAUCUAAGGAAAAUGUGAGCGAUUCGCUUGGACACAACAAACGAAGAUAAACAAGAAGAAAAAGUACAAUUAACAUCACGAGGAAAACACGCAAAAGACAAACAACCAAACGAAACACAAACGGAAUGUCCGGAAAAGUUGGAAGAGAAGUAAAAGUAGCAAAAGUGUAAGACUUAAAUUAAUACGGAAAAAAUAAACAAAAAUAGCCUCAGCAUUAGGAGGAAAAUCUCGUUUACCCCAAAGACUCCGAAAAACAAAGUCAUGAAGUUCCGUUUAGCAGCAUUUUGGCUAUUUCUGUUGACAGCUGGCAGCGACUGUGGCAGGGGAAAUCACAAGCAAUUAAGCCUUGAUUGCUGCCUGGGGCAUGGUCAUGCCCCUACAUGGGGUGUGGCGGCUGCAGCAGCAGCAGCUGCAGAAUCAAUCCACCCAAAAGACAGCGACAACAACGACAAAGGAAAUGAACUGGAAAAUGCAAUGCAAUUGCGUACAACCUCAAAGCAAAAGCGAACGGAAAGGCAAACGCAGGUUAUUGGGGACAUCACAACAGGGGCCACAACGAGAGCAACAGCCGCAUACCAAACUGCAGAGGAUGCCACAACAUUGUCGACGGCAUCCAAAUCAAUUGGCCAUCAGGCAGUGCGACGUGCCAAGGACGCCGCUUCCAUAGCUGGAAUCCAAAAUUUGGAGCUUCAUUUAAAGCAGAGUGUGGCAAGGCUCUUCACCAGCGAUGAAGAGUCCAGCGAGGGUCCUGACGUUGAGAGUGACAUCAGGACAGCCUCAAUAUUGGUCACAGAUUCAACAGCCACAGCAGCCACAGGCACAGCUACAGCCGCAGCCACGACGGUGACCACACAUCAUCCUGGACGGCGACAUGUGGUACCCGAUAAGCUGCAGUAUACCAAAGAGAUACAAAUCAAGCAGGGUCGCCUCAUGGGCAUUACACGUCGCUUUCAGGUCACGAGCGGCCUACGGGAGGUGGAUCAGUACCUGGGAUUGCCCUACGCAGAAGCCCCGACAGGCAAUCGAAGGUUUAUGCCGCCAGGUGCGCCAUUGCCAUGGCAGGGCCUGAAGAUAGCGCGUCAUUUGCCCCCAGUUUGCCCACAAAAACUACCGGAUCUGACGUCUCAUGGCAGCGUCAACAUGUCACGGGCCCGUCAUAAGUAUUUGAGUCGACUCUUGCCUUACCUGCGGUCAGAGGGCGAGGACUGCUUGUAUCUGAAUCUGUAUGUGCCUCAUGAGGAGCCCUUGGUUGCCCCCAAACAGUAUGCAGUGCUGGUCUAUCUACACGGCGAAUCCUUUGAGUGGAACAGUGGCAAUGCCUAUGAUGGAUCCGUCCUCUCCAGCUACGGCGAGGUGAUUGUCGUCACAGUAAAUUAUCGAUUGGGUGUAUUAGGCUUCCUCCGACCCAGCAUUGAUGCCCAUAAUAUAGCCAACUACGCGCUACUCGAUCAGAUAGCGGCUUUGCAUUGGAUCAAGGAGAACAUUGGCUCAUUCAAUGGCGACAAUACGCGGGUGACACUUAUGGGUCAUAGCACGGGUGCGGCAUGUGUCAAUUAUCUAAUGGUAUCGCCCGUGGCCUCAGGUCUCUUCCAUCGCGCCAUCCUCAUGUCGGGCUCUGCGAUGUCCGACUGGGCAUCCAGCAAUCAGUCUUUGCAAUUGACAAUGCAAAUCGCCCAUGCCCUAGACUGUCCACUGAGCGGCGGCGACGACCAUUUCGAUGCGGAUGACGAGGAUGCCCUGCUCGAUUGCUUGCGCCAGCGUCGGUACCAGGAUAUCUUGCACAUACCAACAUCGCUUCAACAAUUUUCAACAUCAUUGGGUCCAAUUGUCGAUGGACAUGUAAUACCAAAUCAACCGUACAAGGUCAUGGGGCAUUAUACGGAGCAUUUCAGCCGUUAUGAUUUAUUAUUCGGCAUCACGGAGUCAGAAUCCUAUCACACACUGGCCGCAUUAGCACUCGAGGAAGGAUUACGUGAAAAUGAACGCGAUAAUUUAUUACGCUUCUAUAUGCAGAGUCGCUUUGAUGUACGCCCCGAUUUGGCAUUGGCUGCCACGCUAAAGAAAUACCAGGACAUGUACAACAAUCCGAUUAAGGCCACUAAUUUGGAGCAUCGUGAUGUGGUGCUGGACAUUCUCUCCGAUGCCCGUGUCGUUGGGCCUCUACUGCAGACGGGAAUGUUCCAUGCGGAUGUCAAUCGGCGCAAUUAUAUGUACGUAUUUGGCCAUAACAGCGCAACGGGACCGUAUGCCAACCUACCGCAUAGCAUUAUGGGCGAGGAAUUGGCGUUUAUCUUUGGUGCGCCUCUGGCUCCCGCAGGUCCUUUUCCCAGCCAUAACUAUACGACGCAGGAAAAGCUGCUUUCCGAGGCGGUAAUGGCAUAUUGGACGAAUUUCGUAAAGACAGGCAAUCCAAAGGCGCCUUGGAAGGGUAUAUUCUUGAAUUCUCACGCCCUCGAAUGGGAUCGCUAUGACCUCGACUGGCCAGAGUUUAACAAGCGAGCACAGGCCUAUCUCAAUAUUGGAAUUCCACCAACAGUGGGCUACAAGUAUCGACAGAUUUACAUGAAUUUCUGGAACAAAGAGCUGCCCGAUGAACUCAAUCAAAUUGCAGCAUUGCAGGAGCAGCUGCAUCCCGGAAAUGAGGUGAUUACGGGUCACAUGAGCAAGUACGGGCCACGGGACAAUGGCGCAGAGGAUCCAGUGCGUACGCUGAAGCUCCUGCUCCAGGAGCCCAGUCUGGCCAACAGUCCGGACUCUACGGAAACGGCAGCGGAAAAUAUGUACAAUGCACCGCCCACCUUCGGACAUGUGAUGCACAAGCAGCAGCCGCAUCAGCCACAGCAGGAAGAGGACUUGGAAGUUACUUCUGCCACAAAUCCAAUGGAGGACCAACCGGAGACGGUGGCCAAAUCGGAGACAACGUUGCAGCUACUAAUUGCAUUGAUAGCCUUGAUUAUUGCACUGAAUGUUAUCAUCUACGGGACUUUUCUGAUGCGACAGCGUCGCAAGAGAGCCAAAAUGUUGCCGUUUCCAGCCCCUAAGCUGAACGGGAAUAUCCUCAGCUACGACGGAGCCAACGAUGAUGAGCUGAAGCGUUGCAGCAAGUCGCGGGAUGGGGAUGAUAGCUACAUCAUGGACAUGGCACGCAAGUCCAACACUUAUGAGGCCAUCAAAACCGGUCAGCGGUCGCCCAUCAAUGGGUAUGCAAUUCAGCGGCAGCUCAGCUGCUCGACGGUCGAUACCCACACGAAGGUGUGCGAGUGGAUGUCGGGACAGGAGCUGCCAAAGUCCGGCAGCUUUGCCACUCCCACUGCGACGACACCGCCUGCAGUGCUGGCUGAUGGCAGGAUGAUCAUCUGCCAGGACAUCGAAGUGGCGGAUGCUGCUCUUCUGAUCCCACAGCACAUGCACGAACCGCAGCACUACGAAAUGCUGCUCCAGCGACAGCAUUCGGCACUCACCGAACCGAGCGAGGACAUCCUCCAGCAGCAGUUGCAGCAGACGCCACUGCACCAGCACACCCACUCUGAUCCUGUGGACAUGAUUCUGGCAGCCGAUGAGCAGGUGACAAGCUUCGUGCAUGCCGACGAUGUCGACAUUAAUGUGACGAGUCGCGAUGAGAAUUGUGGCCUGGAAUUGGCACCCCUGACGGCUGCCCAGCAGCUGGAGCUCCUACGCCAGCGUAACUAUCCCAAGGUGCUGCCCACUGCCCAGGACCUUAGGGACAGCCGUGGAAGCUAUAAGCGGAACUCCUUGCCGCCGCAGAACUUCAGUGCCCCAAUGCCACUACCGCGCACUAUUAGCAGCACUUUGGGGCGACGGCGACGUGACAGCAGCAACAUUACCACAUCGCCACUGCAACUGGCGCAAGAUCUGGCCGGGGAGGAGGAACCCGGGGAGCCGCAGAUUACCCAGAAUACACUAAUCUUCGGUCCCAUUGUGCCCAAGUCGCCGGCGACCUCGUUAAAGCGACAGAGACGGGUGCCUGAAGCGACAGCACCGACGACAGCAGCAGCAGCGGGAGCAGCGGCAGCGACGGCGGCGGCGAUGACAGCACUAAGCGGAUCCUUCCAAUCCUUUGAGUCGGUGCCGCCGGCUCAUGAGACCACACCGCCGCAGGGCGGUGAGCGUACCGAAUGCAUUUACUCGAUUGAGGCGAGUCCUGGGGCGUGUCCAGGGAACGAUGGGACGAGCUGGUCGGCUCCCAAUGGCGAUUUGUAUGCGCAGCCGAUGAAAUCUCCCUCCAGGACAUCACUCAUCCCGCGCCUUACCCAGCAGCAGCAGCAGCAGCAGCCGUCGCCACAUCAUCAUCAUCAACAGGGAGUAGCUUCAGAAGGAGGAGAGACAGCAGCAGUGCCUGGAGGAACAUCAUCAAUGCCCACCGUAACACCAACCCGCAUACCUCAAUUGCUGCAGCGUCAGGCUUCCGGCAAGGAUUUGCGAACAGCAAACACCGCAAAUCCCCUGGCAAGCCAACAACUACAACAACAACAGCAGCGAACGGACUCAACAAUAUCAUCCGGUUCGUCGGCUUCGGCGGCAUCAUCAGCAUCAUCCACAGACUCAGCCUCCACAUCGGCAUCAUCUUCCACAUCCUCAUCCUCAUCCACGAACACGGUUCGCACCGAAUUGCAGCAGCAUUGCCAGCAGACUGGCAAAAGUAUUACGACCAAUAUAUAGGAAAACCCAACACCCAGGAGGAAGCAGGGACCUGAAGCCAACAACCGGCAGCCAAGAAGUUCUUCAAUUUAACGCCGGAGACAAAGAGUGAGAGACAGUGUUAGAAAGGAUGAAGGUCCCGCUGUGGCCGCAUUGCGGCGGACGAGGAGCAGCUACUCCGACAGCUGCCUGCCAAAUGCCUGCCCUGGCCAGGCCCUCUCCGAAUCUCCGUCUCUCCGUCUCUCCAUUGGGGUCCACGCACACAGGCUGUCGGAAUUUUAUAGAGCUUGCGUAAAUUUAAUAAUACAUUUUGGUAUAAAGUUUAUCUUUGACUUGUCGGUGGUGGCGGCGAUGGCGGUUAGGAGCUUCGACUGCAGUUCUAUGUGCCCUGAAAGGAAAGUUUUCUCCCAUCGUAAAUUAGUUCCGAGAAUUGCAGAGAAUAUUGCAGCAAAAUGUUGCAGUAGCAAAAGCAUAUCGAUAUAAGCAGAGAAAGUCUCAUCAAAUCAGAGUAACUUUCGAGUGAUGAAAGGAGCAUCUAAAUGGGAAAUAUCCCUGAUAACUAGCAAAUAGAUUGGUUUAUGGAUUCAAGUGGAAAUUAUAAAUAAGAAAACAAGUCAUAAUUUUAUACAUUACAAAUCACAGUCAUUAUUCUGAUUUAAACCAAAGCAAGGCAUCCACAAAGUGUACAGCGUAUUAUAAGUUAAAUGUUCUUUCUAUAAAAUAAAAUUAGGUUUCUUGCCAUAAGAUAACACACACGAAAACACACACAAAAUACUCAUCGAUGAAGCCAAUUUGCAUAUGGCUGAUUUUUGCAUUUGUUUCCCCUGACAACCGACAGAGCCAGAAAUUGCCAAUAACAAUGCCUGCAUUUUGGCACUUCCACUCCACGCCACACCACACACACAAAAGUUGUGUCAACUAUUGUUGCCGGCAAUUUACCAAACAAAAGCUGCUUACGAAAAGGCAGUUCUGCUUGGGAAAUACACUUCGAGAGGAUGCUCUGAUUUUGAGGAGAUGAAUGCAACUGUCAAGGGGCUACAUGAUUGAUUAUUUUAAUUUGGUAUCCCAACAUCAUAUACUGGCUUCCUUUCCACUCUGAUGAUCGCUCUAUAAAAACUUCAAUGAACAAUGAAUGCAUCUUCGAAGUGUAUCUGUAAAUUCUGCUUCAAAGUCUAGUCUUUUGUUUCUGCUUUCCUAUAUUCUUUCUGCUUCUGCCUCCAAUACUCUCGCAGGAGCAGGGCCAAGGCAAUUUCGUGGUGCCUGCCAACUUAAUUUGCCACAAAAUUUCAACAGCAGCCACUACUCACUGGAGCACUCCCUGUAGCUUUGUUGCUCUGGAGUCUGGGAGUCGCAUCAAAAUCAGUUGAAAUGUCAACAUUUCUGUAGCUACACAUAUUUCGAAUAUUUGCCAUUUCCCGCAUAGUUGUUAACUCUUUCUCCACUUGGCUGUUUCUGUUUCUGACUCGGCCACCCCGCCAUGACAUCAAAGUUGUCGCCGCCGCAGAAUAGUUGUGCGUUUUGUUGCUCCAAGCUUAGGACCAUAUCCUGCAGGAUUUACUGCCUCUGCCUCUGCCGUUGCCAUAGAUGAAAGUUUUCGUGGGCCCGGGUUUUAUGCCUUAUUCCCUUUGUGGCACAUCACGGUUUUCUUUUUUUUUUUUUUUGUUGGUUUUUGCUCAGAGAUUGAGUUAUUGUGUCGUUUCGCUUUUGGGUCCCUUAUGCAAAUUGUUGUCUUCAAGUUUUUUCCUGCUUGUUUUGUUGUUGUUGAUUCUAUAACAUUUUUAUUGUCCCUUUACGCAGGUUUUGGCACUGCACAAAACAUCGAAUGGCAAAGUUUGUCGCGAACUAAAAUUGAAAAUUCUACUGCCCCUCAAGAAAUGUUUCCCCAGAGAGAGAGAGAGAGAGAGAGAGAGAGAGAAGCAAGUGCGGGGGCGCUGCGAAAGUCGUAAUUAAAUUGUUUGCCCCAUUGGAUUGUUUUUACGCUUUCAUUUUGGCUCUCUCUCAGUUGGCCCUCUGUUGGUCCUUUUUGUACGAAUAUUUGUUUGCACACUAAUUUUGUUAAGGAAUGAGGACAGACCCUUUGAGCAAGCGGAACAUCGCUUACUUAAUUAUGAGAAAAGACCCCGUCUGGAGCCAACUAAUUGAGCAGCAUAAGACCCGAAGAGUACUUUGCAUGCGGGGUGCUCCUAUCAGGGUUAUUUGAUCGGAAUGUUCAGGACAUAAAUUGAUAUAAUGGCCUCGAUAUGAAUGGACACCCACUGCAAAAAGUGCCGACGUUUGCGUGCACUUCAAAGGCAAAACCUUAUAUGAGAUCUCCAUGCUUCCAGCACCCGCUCCCGCCCCCGCCUGUCUGCCUGUCUGUCCAUCACAGAGUGUUUUCCCACUCAAGUCUGGGCAUGCUGUUUGUAAUUUUCCUCAAUUGGAAAAUGCCUUGCGGCGCUUUACUCUUUCCUCAAGUUCUUCCCUCUGUGCUUUUCUUUCUCUUUCGCUUUUCUUUCAUACUUUCAUGCCAUGUACUCGUAUCGUUGGUGUAUUUUCUUUUGUGGCAGGCAUUCCGUGCUGUCUGCUGAAAAGUGUAUGAAAUAGUCCUUAAAUUGAAUAAACCCAGAGAUAACUUUUGUGGCAAGUUAUAAAGUGCUAAAUGGAAGUUUGUUAGCUUGAUAUGCCGUGUAAUGGAAUUGCCAAUCCCCGUUCUCACUUUGAUACAAGUGAAAAUUCUGGGGAAAAUGAAAAGCAAACAAAAGCAAUUGAAAAGACAACAAAUCUGGUCGCUUUCAAGGCAAUCCACGAGGACAUGGCUAAUUCCAAAGACUUAAUCACUUCACCGCAGGGCAAAAACACUUACACACCAUUAAAUAUGUAACUUUCGAAUCAAUUUGGUAGAUAUCCACAGGGCUGAAUAAUUCAUAAACUACUAACAGAAACUAUAUUACAGACAUAUUUGUGCUUGCAGAAACAACCGCACAGGCCAAAUAAUUUGGACCCAACAAAUCAAAAGCCACAGCCACAGAAAAACCAAAACAAAAAUGAAGAAAAACCAAACUACGAGUACGAGGAAAUUCCCAAAAGCAGCUCCACACAGUCUGCUCCUCUGAAUAUUUCCGUAAAUUUGCUGACAACCACAAAUUAGAGCAACUCAAGAGUAUAUUAAAGUCAAAUAUGCAGAGGGCUGUACUGGAAGUUUCAUAACCCGAAUGUAAGAGACAACUACUCCUCGUACUGUGAAUGCCUCCAUGGAGUAUGAAACUUCCAGGAGACUCCGACUGGCAACAAUUCAUGCAUUAAUACAUAACGUUCUGGUCUCUGAUUUGAUUUACUGUUUGGGGACUCUUGUUGUUUGGGUCAAAUAAGGAAAGGAAAAGGCAGAAACAAAUGAAAACUUGUGACAGGAAAACCAAAAAGCAAAAAAAAAUAACAAAAAACACGUAAAAUAUCUUUAUCCAAUAUUUUAAAUUGGAUCAUUUUUGUAAAUAUUAAAACUUUUGUACAAUUACGGCAAAUUGACAACGACAUGCAUAUGCUAUGUACGUAUAGCGCCUCGAAACACGUUUUUUUUCAUUGUUAAUUAAGCAGCUUAAAUGCAUCAUCACUAAUUAAUGUACUUAAUAAUUAGUAUUAUACAUACGUUUAUUUAUACAUACAUUUUCCGCACCACAGUGACCAUGAAACGAAAGGAUUUGCUUGCUCUUCAAUAGCCUUAAACAAUAAACUGGUUAAACAUUCCACAAACCAAACAGAUGGGAGAACCAACAAAUACAUGUAUGCAAAUUAUGUUUCGUUAUUUUUAGCCCCUUGACGUUUGUUUGACUUUUUAAUGAAAAUUUUAAUAAUUUAAUAGGUGCCAGACGAAAAACACAAUGGACACACAGCAAAGUGUAAAUAAUUUAUAAUCCAAACAAUUAUUGUAGCAAUGUAACAUUUCACAAAUAAAAGGGAAAAGGAAAAGGAUAACUUUUG